AUGAUCCAAGACGCGAAGAAUCACCAACAAGAUGAUGGCCUCCCAGCAGGUAACCAAGAUGGCCUUUCGAGUAGUUAUCCGAAUGGCUAUCAUACAAAUGGUGUUAUUACUCCCCCAGAAGAUGGAUCUGAAGGCGCUGUGCGAAAACGCAUUGUUGUGGUGGGCCUGGGUAUGGUCGCGAUGGCCUUUUUGCUGAUCGAGAAUCUUUACCUCAAUCCCCAGGAAUGGUACACAUCAUUCGGCGAUGACUGGCUAAACUACCACCUAAACACUCGCGUGACCCAAAUAUUACCAGAGACGAAAUGCGUUUUGACCUCUAACAACGACAUGGUGCCUUACGAUAUCCUAGUGCUCGCCACAGGAUCGGAUGCGGUGCUGCCGAAGCACACCCCCGGCUACGAUGCGAACGGUGUUUUCGUAUACCGCACAAUCGCCGACCUCGAAUCUCUCAUCGAGUUUGCCUCCAGACACAAGGGAACGGUAGGCGCGGCGGUGGGCGGUGGACUCCUUGGUCUGGAGGCUGCAAAGGCUAUGAUGGAUCUUGAGUCUUUUUCUACAGUAGCCGUCGUUGAUCGCAACGAAUAUCUCUUGGCUCGGCAACUAGACGCCGAUGCGGGCCACCUCGUCACGGAAAAGGUACGCGAGCUCGGCAUUGAGGUCAAGCACAAGAAGCGAAUAGCCAGUGUUGAUGUCGACGGCGAGAACAACGUGAUCGGUAUCACAUUCGAGGAUGGCGAGUCAAUAGAUUGUAGCUGUGUCUGCUUUGCGAUCGGGGUAAGGCCAAGGGAUGACUUGGCGGCGAGUGCUGGGAUUCAAAUUGGACCCCAAACUGGCGGGUUUGUGGUGGGCGAGGACCUUCAAACCUCGGUUCCCGAUAUAUACGCCAUCGGAGAUUGCUCGUGCUGGAAGGAUCAAACUUUUGGCAUCAUCGCGCCCGGAGUUGAGAUGGCCGACAUACUAUCCUACAACCUAACCGACGGCCGCACACAAGAACUACGCAAAUUCACGCGCAUAGACCCCAGCACCAAGCUAAAGCUCCUCGGCAUCGACGUGGCUAGCUUUGGCGACUUCUUCGCCGACCGCGAUGGACCGGCAUUUGCCAGCGGGCUGAGACGAACGCUUCCCGGAGAGCCAAAGACCUGCCACAGCGGGGCGCCUCCGGUGAAGGCGCUAACAUACAAGGACCCCUUUGGAGCUGUCUACAAAAAGUACUUGUUCACCUUGGAUGGCAAAUACGUGGUAGGCGGGAUGAUGAUUGGAGAUACUAGCGACUACGCGAAGCUUGCGCAAAUGGUGCGAAACCGUACACCUUUAGAAGUUCCCCAAGUCAAUUUAUCCUGGGCAACAAAAGUGCAGCCGAGGAUGAUGGCUCAGAUCUUCGCUAACAAGAGCACCCUCGACAGUCCGGAUGAUACUCAGGUAUGCUCUUGUUACAACGUAACGAAAGGCGACGUCGUGAAUGCCAUUCAGUCCGGCGAGUGCAAGAACCUAGCAGAUGUAAAGUCUCGCACAAAAGCAGGAACCGGCUGCGGAGGCUGUCUCCCGCUUGUUCAAAGCAUCAUUAACCGCACGUUGAAAGAUCUCGGGCGUGAAGUGUCAAACCACUUAUGCCCUCACUUUGCACACUCCCGCGUUGACCUGUACAAUAUUAUUGCCGUCAAACAGUUGCGGACUCUAGAAGACGUGAUGCGUGAGGCUGGCACUGAUCCCGAGUCCCUGGGCUGCGAGAUUUGCAAACCCACCAUCGGGUCCGUUUUCGCCAGCCUCUACAACGAGCAUGUCAUGUCGAAACGGCAGCACCAACUUCAGGACACAAACGACCGGUUCCUGGCAAAUAUUCAGCGGAAUGGCACAUUUUCAGUGGUGCCUCGCAUACCCGGAGGCGAAAUCACACCUUUCCAAUUGAUAACGAUUGGAAAGGUAGCAGAGAAACACAAUCUAUACUGUAAGAUUACCGGCGGUCAGCGCAUUGACCUAUUUGGUGCAAAGAAGCAAGAUCUGCUUCCGAUCUGGCAAGAGUUGGUGGACGCAGGGAUGGAAAGCGGCCACGCCUAUGCUAAAUCUUUAAGGACAGUCAAGAGUUGCGUCGGUUCUACCUGGUGCAGGUAUGGGAUUGGUGAUAGCGUUGGCAUGGCCAUUCGCGUGGAAGAGCGAUAUAAGAGUCUCCGCGCGCCGCACAAACUAAAGGGUGGCGUGUCCGGAUGCGUGCGGGAGUGCGCGGAGGCACAGAGCAAAGACUUCGGCCUCAUCGCUACCGAGAACGGCUUCAACAUAUUCGUAGGAGGAAAUGGUGGUGCGAAACCCCGCCAUGCGGAACUCCUUGCCAAGGAUGUGCCACCAGAGGAAGUCGUACCGCUCCUGGAUAGAUACCUCAUCUUCUACAUCCGCACGGCAGACAGACUUCAGAGGACAGCUCGCUGGAUUGAGAACCUGCCGGGGGCAUAG